CCUCGGGUCGAGGAAAAUAACCUCCGCCGAAAAGCCAGCCUGGAUUGGUGACUGGCUCCCCCUCUCCGCUCCCUAAUUGAAACCAAAUGUGCAAGAUGUAGGAUUGUGGGAUUUCUGGCCAGCUCCCAGGAAUCCGCAGAAUGCGAGCGCGCUCGCAGAGGCAUCUUGCAUCAGCCCGGGGAAGUUCGCUCCUCGCCUGGCUCCCCCAGCCCGGGCGAGGAGCGAGGAGCCCGCCCGCCCACCGCCGCCUCCCCGCUCCGGACCGCCGACAUGCCAGCCCUCCCCACGCCUCUGCUGCUGCUGGUGGUGCCGCUGCUCUGCGUCCCGCGGGCUGCACGAGCCCAGGUCAACCCGGCGGUGUGCCGCUACCCCCUGGGUAUGUCGGGCGGGCACAUCCCCGAUGAGGACAUCUCCGUCCAGUGGUCCGAGUCCACGGCCGCCAAGUACGGACGGCUGGACUCGGAGGAUGGCGACGGUGCCUGGUGCCCUGAGAUCCCGGUGGAGCCCGAUGACCUGAAGGAGUUCCUGCAGAUCGACCUGCGCGCCCUGCACUUCAUCACGCUGGUGGGCACCCAGGGCCGCCACGCCGGGGGCCACGGCAACGAGUUUGCCCCCAUGUACAAGAUCAACUACAGCCGGGACGGCACCCGCUGGAUCUCCUGGAGGAACCGGCACGGGAAGCAGGUCCUGGAUGGAAACACCAACCCUUACGACAUCGUCCUCAAGGACCUGGAGCCGCCGCUCAUCGCGCGCUUCGUCCGCUUCAUCCCCGUCACCGACCACUCCAUGAACGUCUGCCUGCGCGUGGAGCUCUACGGCUGCGUCUGGCUCGACGGGCUGGUGUCCUACAACGCGCCGGCUGGGCAGCAGCUCGUCCUCCCCGGCGGCACCAUCAUCUACCUGAACGACUCGGUGUACGACGGGGCCUUCGGGUACAGCAUGACGGAGGGGCUCGGCCAGCUGACGGACGGGGUGUCGGGGCUGGACGACUUCACGCAGACCCACGAGUACCACGUCUGGCCGGGCUACGACUACGUGGGCUGGCGCAACGAGAGCACCGCCGGCGGCUACGUGGAGAUCACCUUCGAGUUCGACCGCAUCAGGAACUUCACCACCAUGAAGGUGCACUGCAACAACAUGUUCGCCAAAGGGGUGAAGAUCUUCAAGGAGGUGCAGUGCUAUUUCCGCUCCGACGCUGGCGAGUGGGAGCCCAACGCCGUCUCCUCGGUGCUGGUGCUGGACGACGUGAACCCCAGCGCCCGCUUCGUCACCGUGCCCCUGCUGCACCGCAUGGCCAGCGCCAUCAAGUGCCAGUACUACUUCGCCGACACCUGGAUGAUGUUCAGCGAGAUCACCUUCCAGUCGGAUGCAGCCAUGUACAACAACUCGGUGGCCCCCCCGGAGAUGCCCAUGGCCCCCACCACGUAUGACCCCACCCUCAAGGUGGAUGACAGCAACACGCGCAUCCUGAUCGGGUGCCUGGUGGCGAUCAUCUUCAUCCUGGUGGCCAUCAUCGUCAUCAUACUGUGGCGGCAAUUCUGGCAGAAGAUGCUGGAGAAGGCAUCGCGGAGGAUGCUGGAUGACGAAAUGACCGUCAGCCUCUCGCUGCCCAGCGAAUCCAGCUGUUCAACCACAACCGCUCCCUCCUCGUCCAGCGAGCAGGAGUCCAACUCCACUUAUGACCGCAUCUUCCCACUGGGACCGGACUACCAGGAGCCCUCGCGCCUGAUCCGCAAGCUGCCCGAGUUCACGCCGGGGGAGGAGGACACGGGCUGCAGCGGCCUCGUGAAGCCAUCCCCGGCCGGUGUCCCCGAGGGCGUCCCCCACUACGCCGAGGCCGACAUCGUGAACCUGCAGGGCGUCACGGGAGGCAACACCUACUCGGUGCCAGCCAUCACCAUGGACCUGCUCUCUGGCAAGGACGUGGCUGUGGAGGAGUUCCCCAGGAAGCUGCUGACCUUCAAGGAGAAGCUGGGGGGCCAGUUCGGGGAGGUCCAUCUCUGUGAAGUGGAGGGCAUGGAGAAGUUCACGGACAAGGACUUCGCUCUGCAGGGCCUGGAGGCCAGCUCCGACCGCCCUGUGCUGGUGGCUGUGAAAAUGCUGCCGGACGCCAACAAGAACGCCAGGAAUGACUUCCUGAAGGAAAUCAAGAUCAUGUCGCGGCUCAAGGACCCCAACAUCAUCCGGCUGCUGGCGGUGUGCAUCGCGGAUGACCCGCUGUGCAUGAUCACGGAGUACAUGGAGAACGGGGACCUCAACCAGUUCCUGUCUCGCCACGAGGCGCAGAGCCCCCCGGACGCCCACGCGCCCACCGUCAGCUACCGCGACCUGCGCUUCAUGGCCACCCAGAUCGCGUCGGGCAUGAAGUACCUCUCCUCCCUCAACUUCGUGCACCGGGACCUGGCCACGCGCAACUGCCUGGUGGGGAAGCGGUACACCAUCAAGAUCGCCGACUUCGGCAUGAGCAGGAACCUCUACAGCGGGGACUACUACCGCAUCCAGGGCCGGGCUGUGCUCCCCAUCCGCUGGAUGUCCUGGGAGAGCAUCCUGCUGGGCAAGUUCACCACGGCCAGCGGGUGGGCGUUUGGCGUGACGCUGUGGGAGACCUUCACGCUGUGCGAGCAGCCCUACUCGCAGCUGUCCGACGAGCAGGUCAUCGAGAACACCGGAGAGUUCUUUCGGGACCAGGGCCGACAGACAUACCUUCCCCAGCCACCGCUGUGCCCGACUAUCUAUAAGCUAAUGCUGAGCUGCUGGCGACGGGACACUAAAGACCGUCCCUCCUUCCAGGACAUCCACCGCCUGCUCCACGAGCCAGCCAGCGACGAGUGACCCCGUGCUGCCCAGCCCCACGGGACCCCCCUGCACCGCCCGGACCCGGCGGCACGCCGCGGGCACCCUGGUUAGGUCUCCAUUGCACAGCCUAGGAGGAAAACCCAAACAGGACGGGGAGCCGAGGCGUGGGACAGCACGGACCCGGAGCAGUCCUCUGCUGCCCCUGGGGCGGCCGCGGGCUGAGGUGGAGGUUAUUUAUUGAGGCGCCGCGCUCCUGGUGGCAGGACGGGGACGGAGCCGCAUGCCCCGAGGGAGCAGGGGGCACCGCCAGGAGCCGUGCGGUUACGGGGCGGCGAACUGGAGCUCUCUGGGCUUUUUGGGGGAUUUUGGGUCACGGCCGUGGGAGGGGCAGGAGCCCCACUCGUGCCCGCAUGGCAUCCAGCCUCUGCUGCCAACCCGAACCUGUGACGGCCUGCAGACAGACUGAUGGACAGAUGGACAGAAAGACAGAUAGUAGGGCCCGCCGCGGCCCUGACCAUGGCUUGUGGGGGUCGCCUAAGCCCCCCUGCCCCACUGGGACACCCGUCGGGCCCCCGGCCACGCACGGCGUGCGGAACUUUGUACUUCCCUAACCCUGUCCGCGUUACUGUGGCCCUGCUAUGUUCCAUAGGCGCCCCUCCAGGCGGGGGCCACCCUGCUAAGAGCCCCUCGCUCCAUCA